AGACAGUGAGUGGAGUUGUGGUGCGAUUGCGUUGAGAGAGAGAGAGAGAGUGGAAGCGUUGGAAGCGUUGGAAGUGUUGAUGUGAUGUCUUCUAACUACGCGUACGACUCGUCCGGCAAAUACAUCGCUUCAUCGCAGAGACCGGACGGCAGUUGGAGGAAAGAGAGACGGGUUAAGGAGGGUUACGUCCCGCAGGAGGAGGUGCCCAUCUAUAUGUCGAAAGGCAAACAGUUCCAAAAGGACAGACAGUCGGCGCCCAUACCCGGACUCGCACCACAACACACUCACCAAAAGGAGUCGAGGCCCGCGACGGGUCUAACAGUGAGCCCUCCGUCUGCGCCAAAGUUGGCGACGGGUCUAACGGUGGACACGGAGUGGACGACUGUCUCGAACAACAAGAAGAAGAAGGCGAAGACAAAAGCGGAUCCGGAAGUGAAGGAAUUGAGUGCCGCGUUGAAUGCGGUGACCGUUUCAGACAAGAAGAGCGCCAAAAGUGGUGACAAAACUCGUGGCAAAAAGUGUGCGGAAAGUGAAGUGAACUCUAAUGACAGUAUAGUCCGCAACGAAUUCGGUCAGCCGUUGGCCACCGAACCCGUGAAACGACUCCGCAAUCUGAAGAAGAAGUUGAAGGAAAUCGAGGCCUUGAAGACGAAGGACAAGAAGCUCCUCGAGAGGGAACAGUUGGAUAAGAUCUCACGCGAAGACGAGUUACUCAAACAAAUACAAGAAUUGCAGCGAUUUCUAGACAAUUGAUUGAUAAUAAUGUUAUAAUAAUUAUAUACUAAACACCAUUCAAUCAAUUCUCACAUCAUUGUAGCAAACAAUCGACUAUUUGUUUCGUUACUCCAUUUGUAUAGCAUUUUGAGUCCAAAAAUAACUUAAAAACUU